UCAGUUAGUUGUCAUUUAGUUUUUAGGUUAUUUAAACUUAAUUAUAUUUUUAUUUAUAAAGUCGGUAAUGAGUGUUACUGACAAUUUUACUAGGCCUAGUUAUUUGAAAUGCAAGUCUUUUUUAAUGUCCCAACAGAAGUGUAGGGAAAACAAUUGAUAAGAUUUCUACAUUUAGGCCUACUUCAUCAAUGCUUAUUUAGUCUCUAGACCUACAAUAAUGCAUUGUUCACUGGAAACUAGAGCAAGUGCUCUUAAUAGAAUAUCGCAAAAGCGAUUGGGAGAAUUGUUGAACAAAAUUCCUGGUUUAAAAGACUUCAUUAUUGAUCAUAAAUUGAUCAAGCCACUUGAAAGGAUCAUAGGAGUUUCUCAGCUAAGGUUUCAUGGAGUGGACAAAAUAUUCAAACUUGACUUCUCAAGUGACAUACCUACAACUAACAGUCAAGUUGUUUACUUUGUUCAAUCGGACCUCAUAACCGCUAAACAUAUUUGUGACCAAAUCAAUGCUAGGUUGAGGAGCACCAAUAACCCUAGCUAUCACAUAAUCUUGAUCCCACAAAAACUCAUUUCAAUAUCAAGUUUGAUGGAAGAAGAAGGUGUGUUGGGCCACGUGACACUCUACAGUUAUCAGUGGGAAAUGAUUCAGUUUGAUGCCAGUAUACUGUCCUUUCAGCUGGAUAGUUUUUACAGAAAGACCUUUUUAGAUCAAGAUCAGCUGUUUCUACCAAGUGUUGCAAGAUCAAUCUGGAGUCUCCAAAUGCUUUAUGGAAAGCCAGCGAUGACUUUUGUUCAAGGUAAAUACUCUACUAUUAUCGAUCAUCAGGUGAGGAUUUUACAUGAGACAUAUGGUCAGCCUGAAAAGGAUAAGUCGGAAAUUUCUUGUUUCCUUAUUAUUGAUAGAGAUUUAGAUUACCCUAGUGUGCUUUUGACUCCGGGCACUUACACAAGCCUACUGGAUGAAGUUUUUGGUAUCAAAAGUGGCGUUUUAAACUUUAAUCUUGAUACCGAAAAAAACAAAACAACUGGACGAUUACUCAAUAGCGCUGAGGAAAUUUAUGGUCAGAUAAAACACAAGCAUUUUUCUGACGUAUUUGGGUUUUUAAGUAAAAUAGCCAAAAAUUUACAAGAGUUCAAGCCAACAGCCAGUAUGAAUUUGAAAGACCUUAAACGUAACAUAACUCAGGAACUUCCCAAUGCACUAGCGCUCAAAAGUAGUUUAGUUUACCACAUCAGUGCGUGUGAAGGCAUAAUUGGGAAAAUGGGAGCAAGAUUUGAAAGUACUCAAUCAGCAGAGCAACGAAUGCUUGAAGGCCGUGGCAGAAAAGAAAACAUGUCUUAUAUUGAGGACUGUAUUGCAAUGAAGCUAGGAGGCAAGCUUAGUCCAUUGAGACUUUUGUGUUUACAAUCAGUUACCCAAGACGGCCUAACAGCAGACGAAAUCCAUAGUUUGAAAAUCCAAUAUUUGCAUGCUCAUGGCUACAAACAUCUGAGCAGUUUUCACAAUCUAGACAGACUAGGCCUUCUGACACAACAGACCUCAUUGAUCUCAAAUGACGUCACUGGUGGAGCCAUUGCAAACAAAGUAGUUCAUGCAGUCUCCCUCCCAACCCGAAGAAGUGUCUUUUACUCUCUCGCUCAAAAAAUGAAACUUUUCCCUCCUGCCAAAGAUGAUUAUGAUCUGAAAAACCCAAAAGAUAUGAGCUACGUUUUUAACGGUGCCUACAUUCCACUUGUGUGCCAAAUUGUUCAAAUGCUUAUAAAACGUGAAGUCAUGCCAGAAGAAGUGGCCAAAAUGGUGCCUAAUGCGAAAGUAACCAUGGAGCGACCAUGCGACGUAGCGCCAAGAACAUUUCUUGUAUAUUUUGUUGGUGGAGUCACUUACUCAGAAAUCGCAGCUUUCUACUUGCUUGAAAAGCUUACUGGAGCUCAGAUAAUUGUUGCAGGAACAUCAAUCAUCAACGGGAAUACCUUGAUUGAAUCUUGUUUGUAAAUAUAUAUUUGAACAUUUUACUUCA